CUCUCCGUCUGUUUAUAUUCGGAGGACCGCCUCUAAUUGAAAACCGCGAGACGGCUAGGUUCAUAAUAAACGACCCACAAAAAAACAAAAACUGACAUCGAUGCCAGCUGGCCCCGCCGCUGCCGGUCACCAUGCCCGCCCUACUGGAGAGACCCAAGCUGUCCAACGCGAUGGCCAGAGCCCUCCACAAGCACAUCAUGAGAGAGAGGGAGCGCAAGAGACAAGAGGAGGAAGAGGUGGACAAAAUGAUGGAGCAAAAGAUGAAAGAGGAGGAAGAGAGGAAGCGAACAAAAGAAAUAGAGGAGAGGAUGUCUUUGGAGGAAACCAAAGAACAGGUAAUGAAAAUGGGGGAAAAACUUCAAGGCCUCCAAGAAGAGAAACACCAGCUUUUCUUACAACUCAAGAAGGUACUUCAUGAAGAGGAGAAGAGGCGCAGAAAGGAGCAGAGGUAUGAUAUCACAACUUUGACAUCGGCCAGCUACCAGCCCAGCCUGCCCAUGCACGGAGGGCAGCAUCUCCUCAGCAUUCAAGGAAGCCCAGUCAGCCACAGUCGACCUGGAGAACGCAGUAAACAGCUGUUCCCGACUGCUGUGAUUCCAGCUCGUCACUAUCAAACUCCCGGGUUCAGCUCGGGCUCAGCAGAGCACGGGCAGUUCAGCGGUAGCCAGGGGGUCCACGAGUCCUAUGGGGUUGCUCAGGUCCAGCAUCCCUCCACCUACGUCCCUGGACCAUCAGUACCUGUCAGUUUCGCAAGCAGUUCUCAGAUCAGAGGUGCUUCUGCAUUUCAGGCCAUGCAGUACCUCCCCCAUCAGCAGCCUGGCUACCCUGUUCACAGUCACUUCACCUCCCAGCCUGGGUACAUUCCCGGAGCAGGGAUACCCCUCCAGAAGCAGCUGGAACAUGCCAACCAACAGUCCGGCUUCACCGACGCAGGUGUUUUGAGGCCGAUGCAUCCACCGUCCAUGCAUCCUGCAGCUCCGGGACUGCUGCCCACACCGGCGCUGGCAGUCCAGAUUUCCACUGCAAAGGCCCCGUUUCAGACCUCUCCCCAGGCUGCUCCUCGGCAUGGCUUCCUCCCCCACAGCCAGAGCGGGCAGAGGUUCUACCACCACGGCAAGUAGCUCGCCUUCAUCGUCACCGAGCUUCACUCUCGAUUCCGGAGGACCUUUUGGACGAGUAAUCCACUUUUCCAAAUUAUGUCAUUUGGCUGGAUUAUGCCUUUUAUGAGUUGUUUUAUUUCAUGUACAGUAUCUUCUGUUGCUUUUUUCUGCUUUUUUAAUGAGUGAUUUUCAGUCCUCAUGCUUAAGUGUUUUUGUCCACAUCCAACUUUGAUUUUUUUACAUAACCUCAAAUUAAGCUGAUUUAUCAAAUAGAUUAUUUUCGCAGAAGCAAAAAGGAGAAAAUAACAGGUGCUCUCACAUGUGAAUGCAAGGUGCUCUUGAAGUAUUACACAAAUAAGGUAGAAAAGGGGACGCCUCUUUCAAGCUGUGCCCUGAGGAAGACCCCAGUUGUACUUUUGAACUUUGAUAUGUCUUAAACUAAAAAGGGCAUAAAGGGCUGCAGGUGUUCCUGAAGUAAAGCGAGAGGUUUCUUUUUGUCUGCAGAUUAUUUGACCUACACUGUAAAGAUGUUCUGGAGGAGGGUGUUUGCUAAAAUGUCAAUAACUUGUAUAGAAGAGAGACUGCAUGAGCCAGAAAUGAUUCUUUGUGUACUAACAUUCAUAAUUACAACAUCAGUGGAGGGUUACAUGACUGCUCACUGAAAGGUAGGAGCAAAAACAAUAGAGGAAACUAUUCUUGGUAUUAGAAUUUACAGUUUGUAGAUUAAGUCUACGUGAUGAACACUGUUACUGCAGCGCGUUGACUUAACCGCAGGAGUCCAUUUCACUGUGUUGACUUCUCGCCGAUCACAAUGGACCCCACACGGCUGGUUACCACAAAUGAAAUCAAGUUGACAUGUUUUUUGCUGUUUUUAAAGCUUUUAUGUUGCUAAAUAAAAUAAGCCAAUGCCAAGCGCAA